GAGGCGAGUCCUGGCUGUGCGCGCGUGCGUAGCGCCCAAGGGGCCGGCCGGCGCCUCCCGCGGGGCGGGGCCUUUGGUUCCGCGUCGACACCGCCUUCCUGCCCCGCCCCUCACCGUGACCGGCCCGCCCCUCCUUCCUGGAGCGGCAGCUGAAGCGGCGGCGGUGGCGGCAGCCGGGCUGGGGGCAGUGAGUGGCCCGCGCGACACGCGCCGGCCUCGACCCUAUGCUUUGAUUCGUGUGGCGCCGGCGUCUCCUGCCCCGCCGGCGGGGCCCGGGCUUCCUACCGCGGGAUGUUUUCCCGAAGGAGCCACGGGGAUGUGAAGAAGUCCACCCAGAAGGUGCUGGACCCGAAGAAGGACGUGCUGACCCGCCUGAAGCACCUGCGGGCGCUGCUGGAUAAUGUGGAUGCAAGUGAUCUUAAGCAGUUUUUUGAGACCAACUAUUCUCAGAUAUAUUUCAUCUUCUAUGAAAAUUUCAUAACACUGGAAAAUAGUUUGAAAUUAAAAGGGAAUAAUAAGUCACAAAGGGAGGAGCUGGACUCCAUCCUCUUCCUUUUUGAAGUUUUUGUUUUCUUGGUAGACAGAUUGCCUGUGAGUAAGGAAUGGACAUACUUGCCAGUUGGUCUGCUCUCUGCCCUGACUCAGCCUUCCAGUACAUUGAAAAUACUGCAGUUUCUACCUGAACGAAUUUUCUUUCGAUGGCAUUACCAGAGUAUAGGCUCAACUUUAAAGAAGCUUCUACACACUGGAAAUUCUAUUAAGAUAAGAUGUGAAGGAAUCAGGCUGUUUCUCCUGUGGCUUCAAGCACUACAGACAAACUGUGCAGAAGAGCAGGUGCUGAUUUUUGCCUGCCUGGUGCCUGGUUUCCCAGCAGUCAUGUCAUCCAAGGGCCCUUGCACACUGGAGACCCUCAUCAGUCCCAGCCCUGGUGUAGCUGAUGUAAAGAUAUAUCCAGAAGAAAUUACUCCGCUCCUGCCAGCUGUAUCAGGGGAGAAGAUUGCUGAGGACCAAACUUGCUUUUUUCUUCAAAUACUGUUGAAGUAUAUGGUUAUUCAGGCUGCAAGCUUGGAGUGGAAGAAUAAGGAGAAUCAAGAUACUGGUUUUAAAUUUCUUUUUACAUUGUUUCGAAAGUAUUAUCUUCCUCAUUUAUUUCCAUCAUUUACUAAGUUAACAAACAUCUACAAACCUGUACUUGACAUCCCCCAUUUGAGACCAAAGCCUGUGUACAUUACUACAACUCGAGACAAUGAGAACAUUUACAGUACAAAAAUUCCAUAUAUGGCAGCUCGUGUUGUUUUUAUUAAGUGGAUUGUAACUUUCUUUUUGGAAAAAAAGUAUCUAACUGCAACACAAAACCCUAAAAAUGGAGUGGAUGUAUUGCCGAAAAUCAUCCAGACUGUUGGUGGUGGUGCUGUGCAGGAGAGAGCGCCUGAACUGGAUAGUGGUGGGCCCCCAGAGCAGGACAAAAGCCAUUCUAACAGCAGCACCCUGUCGGACCGAAGACUCAGCAACUCCAGCCUCUGUAGCAUUGAAGAAGAGCACCAAACAGUGUAUGAAAUGGUGCAGCGGAUUCUCUUGUCAACACGAGGUUAUGUCAACUUUGUGAAUGAAGUAUUUCGCCAGGCAUUUUUGUUGCCUUCCUGUGAGAUAGCUGUAACAAGGAAAGUAGUUCAAGUGUACAGAAAGUGGAUUCUCCAGGACAAACCUGUGUUCAUGGAGGAGCCAGAUAAAAAAGAUGUUGCCCAAGAAGAUGCUGAAAAAUUAGGAUUUUCCGAGACUGAUAGCAAGGAGGCCUCGUCUGAAAGUUCUGGUCAUAAACGAUCUUCCAGCUGGGGCCGCACAUAUUCCUUCACAAGUGCAAUGAGCAGAGGAUGUGUGACAGAGGAGGAGAAUACAAAUGUGAAAGCUGGCGUCCAGGCUUUGUUGCAGGUAUUUUUGACGAACUCUGCAAACGUCUUUUUGUUGGAACCGUGUGCUGAAGUUCCUGUGCUCUUGAAAGAACAAGUUGAUGCUUGUAAAGCUGUUUUGAUUAUUUUUAGGCGCAUAAUAAUGGAGCUUACGAUGAAUAAAAAGACAUGGGAACAGAUGUUGCAAAUACUACUCAGGAUAACAGAAGCUGUCAUGCAGAAGCCAAAGGAUAAACAAAUAAAGAACUUGUUUGCCCAGAGCUUGGCAGGGUUACUAUUUAGGACACUCAUGGUGGCUUGGAUCCGAGCAAACCUCUGUGUGUACAUUUCUCGAGAGCUCUGGGAUGACUUUCUUGGUGUGCUGUCCUCCCUCACGGAAUGGGAGGAGCUUAUAAACGAGUGGGCCAACAUUAUGGACUCCUUGACAGCAGUGCUUGCAAGAACCGUUUAUGGAGUUGAGAUGACAAACCUACCUCUGGAUAAAUUAAGUGAACAAAAGGAAAAGAAGCAACGAGGCAAAGGCUGUGUUCUAGAUCCUCAGAAAGGAACCACUGUGGGGAGAUCCUUUUCUCUCAGCUGGCGGAGCCACCCAGAUGUGACCGAGCCUAUGCGAUUUAGGAGUGCCACCACGUCUGGAGCACCGGGAGUGGAGAAGGCGAGAAAUAUUGUUCGCCAAAAAGCAACUGCUAAGCGAAGCCAGUCUAUCAGCAACUGUGUCCACCUUUCUGAGGCUUUGCCUGCCACUAAAAGCGUCCCGCUCCUCCUUCACACCGUGAGCGCUCUCUUACCUGGUCUCUCUUACUCUUCUUGCUCUCACAGGCUGUCAGAAGUGGAGGAGUGUCAACAGUCAGAAAAUGCACCUGCAUCUGGAUCUGGCCAUCUCACGGUGGGACAGCAGCAGCAGGUCCUUCGGAGCAGCAGCACCUCCGAUAUUCCUGAGCCACUGUGCUCAGAUUUUUCUCAGGGUCAAAAGGCAGAAAACGCACAGAAUUUGAGUUCUUCAGAGCCUCAGCCUAUUCAGGAGAAUAAAGGCCAUGUGAAGAGAGAACACGAAGGAAUAACAAUCUUGGUUCGAAGAAGCAGCAGCCCUGCUGAAUUGGAUUUGAAUGAUGAUUUGCAGCAGACACAAGGAAAAUGUAGGGAAAGACAGAAGAGUGAAAGUACCAACAGUGACACAGCUCCGGGCUGUAACAAUGAGGCAGAACUGUCCAUGGGCCCAUGGCAGACCUGUGAGGAAGACCCAGAGCUGAAUACUCCCACAGAUGUGGCUGACGCUGAUGCCCGUCACUGGUUGCAACUGAGUCCCACUGAUGCUUCAAACUUAACAGAUAGUAGCGAGUGCCUUGCAGAUGACUGCAGUAUAAUUGCCGGGGGGAGCCUCGCUGGUUGGCACCCAGACUCUGCUGCUGUGUUAUGGCGAAGAGUUUUGGGGAUCCUUGGAGAUGUGAAUAACAUUCAGUCACCCAAGAUUCAUGCCAGAGUUUUCUGCUAUCUCUAUGAACUCUGGUACAAACUAGCAAAGAUACGGGAUAAUCUAGCAAUAAGCCUGGAUAACCAGUCUUCUCCGUCUCCUCCACUUUUGAUUCCACCACUCAGAAUGUUUGCAUCAUGGCUUUUUAAGGCAACGACACUGCCAAAUGAAUAUAAGGAAGGCAAACUGCAAGCCUACAGGCUGAUCUGUGCCAUGAUGACCAGACGCCAGGACGUUCUGCCAAACUCAGAUUUCCUGGUGCAUUUUUACCUUGUGAUGCACCUGGGAUUAACCAGCGAGGAUCAGGAUAUCUUAAAUACCAUCAUAAGGCACUGCCCACCCCGCUUUUUCUCCCUGGGUUUUCCUGGCUUCUCAAUGCUGGUGGGGGACUUCAUCACGGCCGCUGCCAGGGUCCUUAGCACAGACAUGUUGACGGCGCCUCGUUCAGAAGCUGUCACUGUCCUUGGCUCUCUGGUCUGCUUUCCAAACACCUACCAGGAGAUUCCUUUACUGCAGUCAGUGCUAGAAGUAAAUGAGGCCAUUACAGGAACUGCAGAUACCAAGCAUUACCUCAUAAAUAUUUUACUGAAGAAUGCCACAGAAGAACCAAAUGAAUAUGCAAGAUGCAUUGCCAUUUGCUCCCUUGGAGUCUGGAUAUGUGAAGAGCUUGCACAGCGUACAAGCCACCCUCAGGUGAAAGAGGCCAUCAAUGUGAUAGGAGUAACUCUGAAGUUUCCUAACAAAAUCGUGGCCCAGGUAGCUUGUGAUGUGCUUCAGUUGCUGGUUUCCUACUGGGAGAAGCUUCAGAUGUUUGAAACUGCUCUGCCUCGGAAAAUGGCAGAAAUCCUUGUGGCCACAGUUGCUUUUCUUUUACCAAGUGCAGAGUACUCCUCAUUGGAAACAGACAAGAAGUUUAUUGUGUCCUUGCUACUCUGCCUCUUGGACUGGUGCAUGGCAUUGCCCGUGAGUGUCCUUCUCCACCCAGUGUCCACGGCGGUCCUAGAGGAGCAGCACUCGGCCAGAGCACCCUUGCUGGAUUAUAUCUACAGGGUUCUGCACUGCUGUGUGUGUGGCUCGAGCACGUACACCCAACAGAGUCACUACACACUGACCCUGGCUGACUUGUCAUCCACGGAUUAUGACCCCUUCCUGCCACUGGCAAAUGUGAAGAGUUCUGAGCCAGUCCAGUAUCACACAUCGGCAGAAUUGGGUAACCUGCUGACUGUUGAAGAGGAGAAGAAGAGAAGAAGUUUGGAGUUGAUCCCUUUGACUGCUCGAAUGGUGAUGGCCCACCUGGUGAACCAUCUGGGGCACUACCCCCUCGGUGGGGGCCCUGCCAUACUGCACAGCCUCGUCAGCGAGAACCACGACAAUGCCCAUGUAGAAGGCUCCGAGCUGUCCUCUGAGGUGUUCAGAAGCCCAAACCUGCAGCUGUUUGUAUUUAAUGAUAACACCCUCAUCUCCUACCUUCAGACACCACCAGAAGGACUGGCAGGUGGAUCACCAGUGGGCUCUCUCUCUGAUGUGAGAGUAAUUGUGAGGGAUAUCUCAGGGAAGUACUCUUGGGAUGGUAAGGUUUUAUAUGGACCUUUGGAAGGCUGCUUAGCACCCAGUGGAAGAAAUCCUUCAUUUCUGAUGUCGAGCUGGCAUCAUCACGCAUUUGGACCUCAGAAAGACUCUUCUCAGGUUGAGGAAGGGGAUGAUGCUCUUGACAAAUUACUUGAAAACAUUGGCCAUACAAGUCCUGAAUGCCUUUUACCAUCACAGCUAAAUCUAAGUGAACCUUCCCUACCCCCACGUGGCAUGAACUAUGACCAAGAGAAGGAAAUCAUUGAGGUCAUUUUGCGCCAAAAUGCUCAGGAAGAUGAGUAUGUCCAGAGUCGUAACUUCGAUUCUGCAAUGAAAGUCACCAGCCAAGGGCAGCCCUCCCCAGUGGAGCCCCGAGGACCCUUUUAUUUCUGCAGGUUGUUGCUUGAUGACUUGGGAAUGAAUUCUUGGGACAGAAGGAAGAAUUUUCAUCUGUUGAAGAAAAAUUCAAAAUUAUUGAGAGAGCUAAAAAAUUUGGACUCCCGUCAGUGCCGUGAGACACACAAAAUCGCAGUGUUUUACAUUGCUGAAGGUCAAGAAGACAAGUGUUCAAUCCUGUCUAAUGAAAGAGGAAGCCAAGCAUAUGAAGACUUUGUUGCUGGACUUGGAUGGGAGGUGGAUCUCUCCACCCACUGUGGGUUCAUGGGUGGUCUUCAGCGCAAUGGCAGCACUGGGCAGACGGCCCCUUACUAUGCUACCUCGACCGUAGAAGUGAUUUUCCAUGUUUCCACUCGAAUGCCGUCAGACUCAGAUGAUUCCCUCACCAAAAAGCUUCGUCACUUGGGGAAUGACGAAGUCCAUAUCGUCUGGUCUGAACACUCCAGAGAUUACCGCAGGGGUAUUAUCCCAACCGCCUUUGGAGAUGUUUCAAUCAUUAUUUACCCAAUGAAGAAUCACAUGUUCUUCAUUGCAAUAACGAAGAAACCUGAGGUUCCAUUUUUUGGGCCUCUGUUUGAUGGAGCCAUAGUGAGUGGGAAGCUGCUGCCGAGCCUUGUAUGUGCCACGUGCAUCAACGCCAGCAGGGCUGUGAAGUGCCUCAUCCCACUCUACCAGAGCUUGUAUCUUUUUGCUUUAAAUAUGUAACUUACUAACCAUCCCAGAAUCAAGAUUCCUGGCAGUUUUUCAUAAGAGAUCCAAGUCCGCAUGUGGUCUGGCAAAAGUCUGAAUUCCGUAGAUGAUGUCACACCUGAUGUCUGGAGUUUGCUGCUUUACUGAGAUAAGUCUUAGCUUUGAAUUUUGAAAACCACUGACUAUCUUAACAAAUUCUAAUUAUGGGUGUCUUGUUACAUUUAUUCAUUUUCCAAACAACUACUGUGGACUCACUAUUGCCAAGUCCAGUGCUAAGAGCUGAGGCUAUGGCAGGGAGAAAGGUAACCAGGUUUGUACUCGUAUGCUUCACACAGAAAACCCAUACAUAGAUUAAAAACAUAUGAACUGAGAGAAGUUCUAUAAAGAAAUUAUUAAUUCAUAGAGAAUUGGGGUAAAGAAGGCUCAGGGCACGGAAAGACUUCUGAGGAGAGAGCAUUUGGACUGAAAUUGGAGGGAUGAAAGAGAAGCAGUCCUCAGAGAGCAGGGAUGGCAUUCCGCACAGAGGGCUCAAGGACUCAGAUUGCUCAUGAGUGUAAACUUGCAUUUUUCCAGGAUUGUAUGCAUGUUCAAGUCCAUCAGGUGCCUGUGAUGGACCCAAGAGCCAGAUUCCAGAAGAGAUGGUAUUCUGGUUGAUCCCUGAGGAAGCCAUGCUUCCCUAACUCUUUCUGCUCACGCCCACCUUGGAAGUUCUCAUGUUAUCUCAGCAUCCCAGAGUAAACUCCCACAGCUGCCUGAUGUCAGGUACAGUAAGUGGGGAGCGAGUGUAGGGCCCACCACCCCAUACCUGUGCAAGCCCCACAAGGGCUGAGGAGAUUAGCAGUACCUUGAGUAUACCUAGAACCAGGGCUGGCUAUAUAACCCAUGGGUCCUGGUGCAAAAUGAAAGUCUAGGGCUCCUUUUUCAAAAAACAGGAAAGAAUGCCUUUAAAGGUCCUAAAAUACGGAGGUUUUCCCAUUUGUCUGCAAUCUCUCAACUUGUCAUGGUAUUUUUUAUUUGCUAUGUAGUGUUGUUCUAAAUAAAGAAAUGUUAAAAAUUUAAAUUGUUAGCAUUAUCUUUUUAUUUAUUUAUUUAUUUGAGACAGAGUCUUGCUCUGUUGCCCAGGCUGGAGUGCAGUGGUAUGAUCUCAGUUCACCGCAACCUCCAUCUCCCGGGUUCAAGCUGUUCUCCAGCCUCUUCCUCCCAAGUAGCUGGGAUUGCAGGUACACGCCACCACACCUGCUAAUUUUUUGUAUUUUUGGUAGAGAUGGGGUUUCACCAUGUUAGCCAGGCUGGUCUCAAACUCCUAGCCUCAAGUGAUUCGCCUACCUCGACCUCCCAAAGUGCUCGGAUUAUAAGUGUGAGCCACCGCACCCAGCCCCUAAAUUUUUCACCUUAUCACUCAUCUCCCAUCCAAGUACUAGCUGGGCCCAACCCUGCUUAGCUUCUGAGGUCAGACAAGAUCAAGUGCAUUUGGGGUGGUAUGUUUGCAGACAUACCAUUUUUCUUUAUAUUGUGCAAUGCCAGUUUAAUGUGCAAAUAUGAGUAUUUAGCUUAUAUAUGAAAUCGACAAAAUUAUGCAAUUCAUAUUUCAUGGCUUACGCAUGCGUAUAUAUUUUGUUCUUACCAGAAGAAUUUCAGUUUAUUGAUUAGCAAGAGAGGAUGGGUUGACAGGAAAAGAGGCUAUGCUUUUUCCUUUCCUUCUGCAUCUUUAUUUCACCGUAAGUGGUCAACUAAUACAGGGAAGUAGCACAACUAUGAAAGGGUAUGAUAGGGUUCCUUGGUGUUCAUGUUUCUUGAGGCACUACUGCUUUCUUUCUGUGUUUAAAGCAAGUUCCGAAUCAGAAGGAGAAGGUGACUCCUCAGGGGAGUCAGCUUCCAUGAAUACUCAACAUUGAGGGAACACACUUCCCGUGUGCAGAUGUUCAGGUCAUACGCCCAUAAAGCCCUGCCUGCAGCCUGUCCCAAAACACCCCAGUACAAGGUGGUGUUCUCUAUUCCUGGGUGUUUAUUAGAGUUGAUUCCCUUCUUAAAGCCUGGCAGCAUAUCCCUUGGUGAAAUUGUAUUGGCAUAUGAACCAGGAUCUGUUACCAAAUGAAGCAGGUUGUGGGAACAGCCCUAGAAUAAAAGUUUAUUUACAAGACAAAAAAUUCUGAGAAGGAAUCACUGUUCCUGUUUCCCUGGGAUCCUACGUACAGUGCUGCGUGCCAACAAAGAAAGGGCAUUUCUUUGUCAACUCAGACUCUUUUAUAUAGGCAGCCCUGUAUCCUCACUUUGUUUCUGAUAUUUAGAUUAUACUUGUUAAGUAGAAAACAUUGCCAAACUGCUCACUUCAUCCAAAUGUUACUCACUUUCUAGGGAUCAUAAUGACUGCUUUAUGGACAAAGGACAUGUUUAGUUGAGACCUUGUAUAAAUCUUUUAGAGAGAAGACAUAUGUAGCCAAACAUUGAACCUGAUGACAACUUUGAAUUACUUUGGAGUAGUUAUUCUUACCUCUCUGUCCUCUCCCAGCUAACGACUGUUACUUAACUGCCUUAAAACCAUGUCCGUUUGGAUUCAGUUUUUAUAAUAUUUAACUAGAAGUGGAAAUGUGGGCAGUUACAUACUGAUUUUGCCUCUUUGUUUAAGAAAAUACAACAUUUUCGAUUAAGCGGAUGAUGGCAGCAUUGCUGGAGCAAAUUUGCCCUUUGGGGGUUUUUUUGAGAAGUAAAUGCAAUUAGAAUCAAUACCAAAGGAGUUCUUGUUUGGGGCCCUUGGCUGAUUAAAUAGUUGCAACUCUGCAGCAAAGGCACAUAGAAGACUGAAAAAUACCAUUGUCUUAUAUGAUUUUUUAAAAAUGUAAGCACAGUAGGGGUGUUAUUGGAAAGCACCCUCAGGAACCGUUCAGUCCAGCCUCUUUGUCCCUCCUGGGUUCUCCUGUGAUAUCCUCCUCGGGCUAAAUCAAAUCUGUCAAGUGGAGCCUUCAUCCUGUGGCCACUGCCUUUCUGAGUGAUGAGGGCCAACUCACCUGCCAUCUGCUUUUUCUAUCCCUCAUGGGCAAUCAGAGAGCCUAUUCCUGUGCCUAGAGGGUUGUAAAUGGGAAGCUUGCCACAUGUUAUGUUUACUAUUCCCAAGCCAACUAAAGAUUCCAAAAUCAAACCGUGGUCAGAUAGAAGUUUCCACAACCCUUUGAGCCAGGGCUUUCAUUCUCCUCAUCAGAUAACUUGUUUCAGGGAAAAGGUUGCCGCACAAUAUGCAGUGUGCCCAUUAGGAGGAGUUCACCCAGAGUCAAACAGAUGGUGGCUUUUUAAAAUAAACGUCCACUUCAAUAGAACAAUAGUCUCAAUGGCAUUCACCAUCUCUACUCGCGGUAACUAUCAGCAUUUGAUGGAGAGAACUGGGCUGCCUAAGAAAAAGUAAUUUUGUAUCUCAUUCUUUCACAAGUAAAAUUUACUUUCAUUUUCAGUUAACAUAGAUGUUUGACAGUACCAGAAUAUCUCUCUCUUAGAUCCAUGACUUUGAAUCCCAUUGCUCAAUUCUGCUGUGAAUUUACACAUCUUCAAAAAUGACUCCUCUCCCUAAAGCUGUAGCAACCUUGUUUCUUUUUUGCUCAUUGGGAUCUUUGGUUCUUUUUCCUGGACAGAUCUUUAAUUUCUUCCAUCCAUCUCCAUACAUUUCAGUAAACAAGUCAAAUGGUACCAUGUGUUCUAUUUUGCCAGGCAGCACCAGUUAGCAUCCAUCAACAUUUACAGUGCCCCUGCCAUGCGCCAGGCUUGUUCCUUGCCACCAGGAAUAGAAAUGUGAAGAUACUCCAAGUGAGGGGCCAGUGUUUGUUUAUGGACCAAGCUUUGAAAGAUCACAUCACAUUAUCACAUUUGAGAAUGACAGUUGCUUCCAUAUGGCAGAGUAUAGGAUAGACAGACAGACACAAACACAAACAAGAUGGAGGUGAUGGAAGCAUUUAAGGGGCCAUGGAAAGGGUUCUGCGAGAGAGCUGGGGUCUCAUCAAAGGCAGUGGCGGGGGAUGGAUGAUGGAUUGGAUAUCUAGGUUAAGGAGGUGGACUAGAUUUGUGGGGGACUGGAGAGUGGCAUGAGAAGAGAAUUGCAGACAGAACUCUCUGGGCCAUUGGAAGAGGUGGCUUGAAAGGAGCAGGUAGAGAGAGAAAGGCAUGGGUAGAGGAGAGAAUGAUUUCACAGAAAAGAGAGAGAAAUGAAGGGUUAGUUUCAGCAGACUGGCCAAGAAAGAGACGUCCUACUGGAUGGUUUUAUCUAUGACUGGUUCCAGCAGAAUCAAGUCUUCACCUGGAGGAUUGGGUAAAGAGGACCUAGAACUGAAUUACUCCAACGUAGUAUCAGAUAAUAGGAGCCCCACAAAGAAAACACUCCUGGGUGAGCUCAACAAGUGCCUGUGAAUGAAAAAUCCAUGAGAGAGGGGCUGCAUUUAAGAGUAGCAGCCAGAAUGGAGUUAUACCCCGGCUGGGAGGGAUGGCCAUGCUCUUCUAAUCCAAAUUUCUAAACAGCCCCAAAGCAAAAUAGAGCAUAGUGGGGAUUUCUACUACUUGAUAUCAGCUCCGAUGUACAUUCAACCAAGGGUGACACGUGUUUGAUGAAUUCUUGGCUGGCAAACAAUCUCAUCUCUCAAGACAGAUGAAGCAGGCAAGAGGCACCACUAUUUUUGUUUUGGAUCCAUUUCUUAGUAAUUUGAAAGAAUGGAUUUUUGCCUUUGGUUGUUGUAAAAAGUAACGAACUUUUACUAGAGUUUAUAUAAGAAUGGGAGUUAAAAAAAAAAAAAAGAAUGGGAGAAAAAUGCUAGUAGACCUGUACUCGAGACACUUGGGAAGCACCUUAAAAAAAAAAAGUUCAGAGGAAGAAAUCGCAUAUUCCCCUGGGUGGGUGGAGACUGUAAAAGGGAAUGAGGAAUUAGAGAUUUUUAAUAAAGGGAUUUUUAUUAAAAACUUAAAGUUAUUCCUCUGAGAAAAAGGAGAGGCAUGGAGGAGCAAUCCAUAUAGCUGCACAAGGUUGCGGCCUCCGACGCUUUCGUAUUUAAACACGCACGUCAAGAUUCAAAGAGGAGCUCCUGACUCUGUAAAUUAGCAGGUGGGCAUGGUUAGCCAUUAUCUCGAUGACCCUUCAUUUUCUCUAUCACAUCUCCUUCAAAUGGGAAGGAACAGAGAAGUGCCUUAGUGGAUGAAUUAAAACUCAAGUCACUAAGAAUACAAUAAAAAAAAAAAAAGACUGACUCUUGCCAGUAAGCUCCAGACUUCAGGGCCACUUGUAUCUGAUUGUAGAACAAAUGAUCUCAGAACCACAAGGACUAAUUUUUUUUAGAAAUCAUGUAGAAUAUAGGAUGUACCCAAAACUGGAAACAGAAAAAUAUUUUCUUUGUUUUCAAAAAGGAUUAAAGGGCGAAUUUCAGAAUGUUGCGUGGAUUCUUUAUAAAAUUGUUAAACUAGGUUACUAAAUAACUCGUGAGCCUUCAGAAAGGAAUAUGUUGACGAAGAAUCAAGUAUCCCAAACAUACUUACUGUGUGUUUUAUAAGAUUACUAUUUCCAGAGAUUAGAGGAAGCAUAUACAUCUUGAUUUUGGUAAACUCUAAGAUAAAAUAUUAUCAUCUGGCAGGUGUAAGAGAGAAAUAUAGGCCCUUGAGAGCUGGGUGAUUUCAUUGUGGCCAAAUCUAAAAUGCGUUAAUUCAUGGGCACCAGUCAGUGGGGAGCUUUAUGUCUCUGGUGUGGUUUCGAUGCCACAGCUUUGCCUAACCCCUCUUCCAUUCAACCGUUUUUUCAGUAACUUUCACAAAGGUCUAUAUUUAUCAAGCCAUCAUUUGUAAGAAAGCUGAGAGGGUUAACUAAUUUGACACAAAGCAAAGUCACACAUUAUGAUUAUCUCAACAAAUGAGAGACUUCCAGGCCCAAGCCAGCGAGAGGUUUAAGAGGGUAGAAUGUAAUGUUAUGUACUGGGCUUUGGAUAGUCAGCAGCCUGAGUGCAGGGUGAGGGUGAUGUGGUUUGAUAACAGUCAUCGUGAACCAUGUCUGAGGAUUUUGUUUGGCCACAGAGUGGAGAAGAGACAUGAGAGUGAUGCAACAGCCAGCCACACCAGCAUUCUCUGGAGACCUCAGCAUAGGAAAUGUGAGGUCCAGUCACAGGAACUAUGGCCUGGGCUUCUGCAGCCUCAGGGAGCAUCCAGAGGUGGUGUGCUGCCCUGGGGCCACAUUUUGAAAGGGACCUCCGCCAACCUGGAGCCAAUCCAGAACAAUUGUAACCAAAUGGGGAGCUGUUAAAACCAAGAAGGAAUUGUUUCAGGAGUCUGAGAGGUUUCUAAAGAGGAUGUCAGUCUACAGAACUGGCACCAGUGAACAGAGGCAACCUGGAAGCAGCUUUAUCUCAGUGUCAAGUCAAAUGUUCAGAAACCAAAGUGGGCGGACCAGCUGCCUCCACACCAAAUCCAGCCCACAGAUGUGCUUUGUUUUAACUGCAGUUGUCCUCCUCACGUUACCAAAACACAAAACUAAACAUUGAGUUUGUCAGCCAUGGUGAAAAAUUGGGAGAGCCUGCGUUUUUAAAAAAUCCAUACGUUAGACUUCUCUUGAAGAAUCAGAAUAUCUGACCCUACGGGGCCUUCUUUCUACUGACAGCGAUCAGUCUCUCCACAGAACGUGUGCUGUCCUGGUCACUUCAGUCCCUUCUGGUGUCUCUCCAGUGCUCAGGCCUGGUGCAGGCACCACCACCAUGGCACCCACCAUUUGGUCUCUCUGAGUUGGUGAGAGGGCUAAUGGGCCAAGCAGGUAAAACAGUGCCUGGUCCUCGGUGAAAGCCCAGCAAGCGUUACCUGCAAUUGUUCUCAUUUUAUCAACCUGGACCUUGCAAAUACUGGAGUUUCAAACCUCUGUUGUAAAAACUGGAACCACCUAACUGUGGAGUUAGGCCUCAGGAAAUAUUUCCUUUUUACCAUUGUAGGUGUUAAAAUAAAGGCAGAUAGAAUGCUGUUCAUUCAGUGCCUUGCAGAAGGUCCUCUUCUGUGUGAAAGGCUGGCUCCCUGUGGUAAGAGCUGCCCUCCACCCUUGGUGCAUGGAAAUAAGGCCUGUGAGAAGUGCGAAGGUACAGAAGAAAUCUGGAGAGAAGGUGGUACACUUUGCUAUUUUUGCUGCAGAGUGACUUCUCACUGUUAGGGAAAAAAAAUCAUCCCUUCGGGAGAAGUUAUUCUCAGCCUCACAGCCUGUGUAGAAACCAGGCUGAUGCUCCGCCUAGGGAAAUACCAAGAACAGCCUUAUCCUUCCUUCCUCUCCUUCCGUCUCUCAGCUCCAUCCUCAGUGGGUCACUGCCUCUCACUGUCAGCUAUCAAAGGGAGCGCAUGCUGCUUCUCACCGGGAUGACCCCUACCCUGGGAGUCCCCCCUUAGCCACUCUGCUAUACCCCACCCUGCACACGGCCCUUGAGGCCCUCCUGUGCCAAGGACCUCUCACCCUCCCACAGCUGUCUCCCCUCUGACUCACUCCUUGCCAGCCUGGGCCUCUGUCCUCGUCUAUCUCAGAUGAGGCACUCCUGCAGCAGUGCUGGCUUUCCCAGUGGAGGCCUUGUUUCCACUCUGCUGCUGUCCCCCAGUAUAUUAUGAGUGUGUAUGUGUGAAGGCUUGGCAGGGGAGGGAAGGAGCUGGAGAGUAAGAACUUGGUAAGAAACGUUUUGGAAAACAAAAGUAUAUCAUGUUUUAUAAAAUGACAUUUUUUCAAAAUUGAAAACCUUAAUUGCCCAAGGUGAAAUAUAGCCCUAUGAAUAGAAUAUGUAUGCAUAUAUAUAUAUAUAUAUAUAUAUACACACACAUUAACUCCCUCUUUUCCAUUUUUGAAUGUUUAGUUUACAUCUGGAUACUGAACAUGUCAAAUAGCACCUGGCACAUAGUAGGAACUCAAAAAUACAUAGUAUUCAAGAGGAAACAAAAAAUUUUUACUGAAAAAUUGGAUUUUGUGUUUUUUUCUCCUUACUGAAGAAUAGUGUUUUGUGCAUAUUUUUAUUGUGCUCUAAAUAAUCAUUCUAACAUUAUCACCCCAAAGUAUUGAAGGGCAUUUAUAUGGGAAUCUUGACCAUUAGAAUGAUAACUUUAUGUUUGAUUUGAAAUUAACGGAAUCUUAUUGAGAUCACUGUACAGGAAGUGAUCCCAUUUUCUUAAGAGCCAUAAGUUUAUUUAGUUCGUUUCUGAGAGAGAGAUUUAAUUCAAACAUUGUUGAAGUCAGAAACCUUGCAGACAAGAAGGAAGUGGGAGGGGAUGUCAUGUACCAUCAGAACCUUGGCCUCAUGAGAAAGGAGUGAGUGACUCUCUAGACCUGGGUCAGAAAGAAGUGUCUGAAAAGGCCUUAAUUUCAGUGUCAGAGUCCAUUUAUAAAUCCUAGGACCUAGUUGUGGGGUUUUUAAAAAACUCUUAAUUGUAUGUAAAUUUUAUACACAUAAAUAAAACGGGCUUGUAAUGCCUAAAGGAAGCUCUUCCGCGGCUCUGAGACUUGGAGCGGGCGGGCCUUGGCUGCCCAUGCAAAUACUGACAGCUGAAGUCACUUGUUGGAAAGUCCGCAAACUCUGGUUACAGCUGCAUUUGUCAGUAGCUUUAAGGGAAGUGUAAUCAGCCAGAUAGAUUAAUUUGCAUCUCAAUUAGAAAAGAGUCUGGAGGAAGCACUAGGGUCUGUUGCGGGAAGGUUGUGGAAGAAAUCUCACCAAGCACAAAAGCCUCCUGGCGCUUGGUCCUCCAGCUGAGUGGAGGACAAUAUCUGAGGUUUCGUUUCCAUAGGGACCAGAAGCCUGCUGGGCCCCAGAAGAAUCUAGGGUUUGCACCGUAAUCAUUUGGUCAUGAUGACACAAAUUCCACUGUUGUUCCCAAAUACAUUUUUGCUAUUAGAAAGCUGUUAGAAAAGUGGAAAUGGUCAUAUCAAAAGCAUGCAAGAGGUAUUUGCUGACCCAAUUUACCUUUUUCAUAGUGCUGCUAGGUUUGCUGAGCAUUUAUCAUUUAUUAAUGUCUGAGUAUUCAAAGAGCAAAAGGUCAUUCUGUAAAUGACAGUAUUUCUUUAGCAUUCAGAUGGUUACUUUGGGAAUGACACAGCUACUCCUGAUUCUUCCACACUUUUCAGCAGUAGGCAAACAAGAUUAUGAAUGUUAAAACAUAGGCAAGGAAGAAACAUGGAGUCUUCUGGCUAUGAAGCAUAGAAAAAAAAAUCUGGGCAUUAUAGGACUUUUUAUAACCCUAAUGAAUGCUAAUAAAACCUUAACUUUAAAAAAGCAUAAAGUAGUAUACAUGUAUUAAUUCUUCCUGUAAAUGUUAUCCAGUCAUUUUCAUCGGCUUCGAUACUUACAUCAGACAGGUCCUUUUUUUUCAGAGGAGUUCUUAAUAUUAUCAGAAGUGGUACAAAGCCUGGUGAAUCCAAAGCUGUCUGAAUUGUUUAUCCGUGCCAGAUCACUGCAACGCAGCCAGGAAGGCCCACCCUCGGCAUUUUUGGAGGAAGACUUUUAUUUCAGGUUUAUUUUGUUUUCUCUUAAAUAGUUAAUUCAUUGGCCCCAGCCUCAAAGUGAGAACAAACAAAAAAUAGUGAGGAAAAAAACAAAACAAAACUGAGUCCUACAUUAUAAACUGCUGACUACCUAAUUCUUAAAAAAAAAAGUAAAUCAGGGUUUUAAGCCCAUCUUACUACUCUGGAAAGGGAAGGAAACAAGUUUCUAAAAGACAAUCUCUUCUCGUGCCCACAGACUGAAAUAACACAUUGCAGUGAGACAUCAGAACCUCUUAAUCCAACAUUAAUCAAAUUUCAGUUUACUGAUUAUCAGUCCCAUUUUGAAAGGAACAGAAUGCCAUAAACAGCAUCCGGAGAACAUUUAGUGGACUCUAGGAUUAUAAGCAAUAUUUUGAAAGUGAGACUUUCUGUUAUUCAAAUGUCUGAAAAGGAUAAUACGUGGCUUAUUAGAAUAAGAGGCGCGGCAAAGCCAAAGAAGGACAAAGCAGGCAAGUCCAAAUGGUGGUCCCUUCUGUGCAGAGUCUGCCCUGGCGUAUGCAGUGAGCUCACAGCAGGCUUCCGUGCUGGAGUAAUUUGCAACACACUCAAGUACAUUUUUAAUCAAAGCAGAAUACUUUUUUGGUAAUCUGGGGGUGAAUACAACCCAAAUGCCAUCGUGUUAGGCUUGAAAGGGUAUCCUUUCUAUUUUGCUACUGAGGGAUUUUACCAGACUCUAAAAGGGGCACUUCGAAUUUUGUGCUUCACAUACAGUUCUGAGGCCCUGUGCUUUGAAAGCCUUCGACAGAGACAACAGGGCCACGGUAGGGAAGGAAGGAUGCUGCGGGGUUCCAUGCUGGUGCUCGCUCCCUUCUCUGCUCCGUGAUGUCCCAUGGUGUCCCGUGUGCCAGCCACUGGGGAGUCCAGAUGCACUUUAAUGUUUGCAUCGUGUUUUGCACAUGCCUUUAAUAUAUUCAACUUGAGAGGUGCACAGCUGCUUUAGUUUCCAAGAGGAUAGCAUGUCCCCAAAAUGCUACAAUAUUUUAAAUAUCCAGCUCUUGGGAGGUUUCUCAGUAUUCCUUAGAAAACCUGCAUCUGAUAUUCUGUGUGUUCAGAUGGUCUUUUUAUAACUCUUUUCAUCAGAAUCACAAAAAUGAAAUGCUACAAUGUUUAGUGGUUUAUGUUUUAUAUCUUUCUUUAGCUUAUUUUUUCUAAUGCUUUAUUUCAGUCUUCAAUUUUACUAUUUGGUCCUAGAAUAUAAAAGAGUACAGAAUAUGUCAUCCCUCUGCCUUGUCCACUUGUUUAAACUCUCCAGCACAAAGCUUUGGUCCUUAAUCCACCAACAUCAAUGAAGAGGCUGCCUCCUGAAAACUCAGGGUCUGCUUGUCAUGGAACAAGCCAGCCCUUAAGAUGCCAAGUCCCUUUGGUUCUCCCUUCAUUUGCCUAUGAAGUGGGAUGUGAGUAUAUCAGUGCAUCCCGGCUUUGAGGCAGAUGUAUGCCUGGAAGUGCAAAGUCUCAUACCUCCACAAAGGGUAGGGCAGGCUUGCUGGCUGAUGGGAUUCUGAAUUUAUAAGCAGAGUUCCAGAAUUCCCCCAGGGCCUACUUUUCAAAGGCAAAUUAGUAUGUUUGCAACGUGAUCCCUGGGCAACUUUUGACAGUUGUUCUAAGAAUAAUAAAACAGAUGGACAGAAUAGAUUUUGGGGUCUCCAUCCAAACUGCCAUCCUCAGUGGAAUUUAAAGAAGGCAUAGAGCUGAUGAAGAGAGCUGCUGCUUGCUAUCAUGCGCUGCCUUUAACAUCCAAGAGCCAUAGCUUCCUCCCAGAAGAUGGCAACUGUCAUCACAUUACAUUUGCUUGCUGAGAGUUCAGCUUAGCUGUAAUAUGUGUUUUCCUCCCAUAUUUGAAAUUAAAAGAAUUGAACUUAGUUAAAUUGAAUUUAUACUCCAAAGAAACCAAUUUUAAUAAGAAUAUUAGGGAAAAUAUAAGUUAGUUUUAAAUUUAAGGAAUAUUUUCAUAGAAUUUGUAACCCCUAUAAAAAGAAGAGCCUCUUUAGAAUGUCUCAGAAAUACUGUCUACUCAUUGAUUUAGAAAAACAGAACGUAUGCCUCUCUAACAGCAUAAACAUUCUUUGUUUAUAAUGACAUAUGCACAUCAGAAGACUAAAUCAGAAAGCAGCAUCUAAAUUAUUUGAAUGAAAAGAAACAGAUUAGUUUUGUACUUAUGCUCUAUAAUUUUGUUAAAUGCAUAUAAUUUGUACAGAAAGUUUGACUAAGGAAAGCACUUCACGUAAACCACUCCAUAUUUUUGUAGAAUUUUAGCCUUUUCUAAGUCUGAGUUUCAGCUCAGAUUAAGAUGAGAUGUGCUUUCCUUUUAACUUGUAUUGGCUUUCUCUGACAUAAAUUUCUAGACUCUGAUUCCACACUCCUUUUCUCUGGAUUAAUUUGCCCGCUGAGCACUUUUGAGGUCAUCAAGAUUAAAUGAGGUAGCAGGUUGGCCACGCUCUGGAGUUCCAGAGCGGCUGUGUGCUGUCAGAGCUGAAGAGCUGAACCGCCUGUUUACUCCGUGGGUUUGUUAUGUGGGCCAUUGUUUAACUAAAAUGUCCCUGACAAUAACUUAGUAGGAUAGCAAACAUAUUUUGUUUGUUUUCUAAUUUAGAGGAAACACAAUGCAAUGUAAACCUUUUUCCACAUCUCACGUUGGGCCACAUAACUGACACCAUAAUGCCAGAUCCUUAAAUCUUGGUUCCCACUGAGAAGAGUUCUCACACAAGAGAGUUUGGGGAUAUUCUCUUUCCUUCAUGGCAACAAUUUUCCUACAAGCGCCAGAUAAAUUUUAAAGUGUGUCUUGUUUGUUGUUGUGCCCAGCUUAGCAGGUAACAUAUCAUAGCUGACCUCAGAGAGACCUUGGGUUCUAAUGUUUGUUUAAAUUAAAUAAUGACUUCAUUUUUUUUUUGGCUUUGAAUACUUUACUUCUGUUAGUUUGCUUACUGUAAAAUGAGCAAAAUAAUUUCUCCCAGAUACAUUACUGUAAGGAUAUAUGGAAUGAAGUAGGCAUAAAUAUGAGACUGAAGAAUGAAUGAACGGAUGAGCUGAUGGAUGCAGCGGUGUAGAGGAGGGCCUGGGCCCUCUCUUCUCCCAGCUCCUACUAGGAGAGCAUUUCGGGGCCCCCAGACCCUGCCACAUGUGCCCCGGUAAAUCAGGGUAGCCAUGCUUCCGUGUUCUUCCUGCUCCUGCUGCCAACCUCCAUAUGGCUGUGGCAAGCACUGUGGCAGGAGAGGGAGUGACCUUGCCUUCAGCGGGCUUUGAGGCCAGGAUGGAUUACAACUGUGACGUAGGGUAGGAUGAGGCCCAUGCUCUGGGAGAGGCAUGUGGUCAGUGCCCAGUGAGUAUUUUCUGAGUCACUGAAACACAAGAUACAGAAGAGAGAAUCAGAGGUCAUGGGAGCUCGAAGGGAAAAGAUUAUUUCUAGCUGCUGCUUCAAAUCAUUCACAUAUUUUUGUGACCUCUCAUUAGUUAUCUCUUCAUAUGUGUGUUAUCUACAACUUGAUAGGCGGGAAAUGUCACAACUUUGUUAAUUUGUUUUACAAAAAGAUAUUUAUAUGCCAAUUAUAAUUUAUUAAACAGUGUCCGUGGCCCAUUCCAAGGUGCUAAGGCAUUUUUUUUCAGGGAGCAAGGCUCUUGGUGAGCAGCAUGCUCUUAUGGCUCUGUGGUCACCGCUCCUCAUUCCAUUCCAGAGGAGGGGAAGGAGGCCAGAUUGUUGCAGUCCCCACUUCAGUGGGUGAGGACACCUGUCUUCAACCCACUACCUACCUUAGAAGCCUGCAGACUUUUUCUUAUUACAUAUCCCACCCAAAGACCACCAAAAAAAGGCAGAAAAACCUGUUAAGCAUGCCAUUCAAUAGUGCAUGUACUGACUUAUUUUAAAGUAUAUACCAUUUCUUCUUUACUAAUACAUUAUGACAUUAUAAUGCAUGGUCAAUACUGAGAAUUUUUAAAGGAUGCGAUAAAGAGGAAAUCAUAAUUUGAAGUCUUUUAAUUUUAAUGGUAUAAAUCGUUUUGCUUUUAUUAAGAUAUCAAUAGCGUUUUAGUGAGAGCAAUGGAAUUAAAAUGUGCUGCUUUCUCUUUAUAAUCUCAGUGUAAUGGUUCUGGGGUUCAGUGGUCCUAAGGGGUCCAUCUAAGCUCAGUUUAUUUUGAUAACUUGGUUUCAUAGCUGGAAACAAAACUUUGCAAAGAUACACAAACUAGCUGGAGCAGACUGUUGUCUUGACCUCCUAAAUCACAGGUUCAUGCUCAGUUUUCAUUCUUACCCACCAGUUCUAUGAAGGUUCUUGUUGGCAUUGGGAAGGACAUUUCUGUCUUCCUUGAUAUGUGAUCAGUUGUUGUAUUGGCAUUUUUUUUGACAAACAGAUUCAAAAUGUACUCAAAUCUUAUUUGGAAGGUUAGAAAAUAACAAAAUUCUGUUUAUGAGUGUUUUGGUGCUAGAGAUAUUAGUACUUUCUGAAAACAGAAACCAUCUUCAACCAUAAAUUCCUAUGCUGAAGGCAACAUUUUGUAACAUCUCAAUUCAAGGCCUUCUUUUUAUAGCAUGUUUCUUUCAAAUAGCAGUUACUCACUCAGUUUCAGAGCUCUCAUUUUGCUUUGUGGGAGCAGUAUGUAUCUAUCUUCCUAAGGGGACAGCUAAGGGUACACUGCUCACUGUGGCCUCCUCCUCAGGCUCCUCAGCACAGCAGCCAGGGCCAGUGACUAAAGUGUGAGUCAGCCACAUCACUGCCCAGCUCACCCUCACCAGGAGCCCUGCCUCUCUCAGCAUCCAGGCCCUCAGGGGAGGCCUGUGCCCUCCAUGCCCCCUUCCUUAACUGCCCCCCAGAUGCCCACACGGCAUGUUCCCUUGGCCCCUCUCCCUACCUCCCUGUGUGAGAGCCCCCACGCCUGUGCACCUGCACCUCCCUGCACCACCUGACCUGCCCAUGCUCUGUGGGUCCCCUCAGCCUUCAUCACCCUCUCAGUUACUAUGUAAUUCACUGAUUUUACUCAUGCUGUGCCCCCUGCUUGAGGGCAAAGAUUUCUGUCUGUUUUGUUCACUGGUGCCUCCAAGGGCGAGAGUGGAAAUAUCUAACAAUUGGUACAUGAGGGCACCUGUUGGAUACUGACCCAGAUGCCAGCCAUGUGGGUGUUUUCCAGGUGAAUACCAACCCUGGAUAUAGCCUCAGCACCUGCUGCAGAGUAAAUAUUUUUUCAGUAAGUACAUGCCAAAUGAAUGACUUCAGCGCCUUGUCAUCACAGAAAAGGUCACCAAAUUUAGAACAUUUAUCUUUCCAUAAAAAAGAAAAAUGAGUAACUCAUCUUUAUGUUCAACUUUCAGCUUGAAUAAGAUCUUUCCUGUGAGAUAAAUGGCAAACUUGUGUGUGCUACAAAAGAUUUCCAUGGUCAUGCCCUGCCUCAGGACAGUGAAUUGUAAAGAUGGUAUGAUUUAUAAGAUAAUAAAGCUCAACCCUUCAGUAUGGAGGCUCACGUAAACCAUGGUACCUCAACCUGUGCUGAAAGCGAACGCGGGCUCUACUGUCAGCCCCUCCCGCCCUCUCCUUCUCUUUCUUAGUACAGUUCACGCAUUGAACGUGACCUGGGACAGUCUGAUAGAUGACCUGGCAAGAAGGGUAUCAGCAUAAGGCCAUGCGUUAAAUUUCAGUAAAACUUAAUUGAGUUUGUUUAUUGUUUGAGAUAAAAAGGGAAAUAUUAAUAGAAUUCCUAACAUAGUCUUCUCACAUGAGAGUCUGCAAACUUGAAAAAUUAAGCAUAAUGAUUUUUGCAAGAGCUGGACGUGGUGUUGCAAGUUCCAGCUACAGAGGAGGUGGGAGGAUCACUUGAGUCCAGGAGUUUCGGCUGUAGUGCAACAUGAUUGUUCCUGUGAAUAGCCUCUACACUGUAGCCUGAGCAGCGUAACAUACCUAGACAUAUUGUCUGAAAAAAAAAAGGCUUUAAAAGACUUUUGCAGAGAUUUUUAAAGGCGAAAUGGUAGAAAGAGGAUCUUCCAUGCUUCUGUGGGUUGACUAGGCUUAGCUGGGUGGUUCUUACUCAGGCUCUCUCAUGUCUGGGACCUGCACUAACACGGCUAGAAUAGUUUGGAGCUGGCCAGGCAUCCGUGGCUCAGCAGCCUCCCCACUUGUCUAGCUUGGGUCUUCUCGCAGCAGUAAGGUUUUUGACAUGUCUGCUGCAGGCCCCAGAGACCCAGGUGGAGGUGCCAGCUUCUUCACAAAAUCACUUUGGAAGCCUCAGAACUAUUUGGUCACAACAGGUCAUGAAGUCAGCCUAGAUUCAAGGGAGGAAAGUGAGCCUGUCGUGAGGUAAGCAGCAGCCUGCCUGUCCAAAGGAGGGCCAGCAGGCCAGCGGACCUUUCUCUCUGUCUUCCACAGCUGGUGUAGCACUGACCACACUGGGUUAGGGGCUCACUCUGAGGCGUCUGUCCCUCCGCUGGUCAGUAAGCUCCUUAAAGGCAAAGGCUAUGUGUUACUCAUCUUUCAGUCUCCAGCAUCUAACAUCACAACAAGUCAGUAGAUGUUAGUUGGAUUAAAAUCAGAAAUGCAAACAUUUUAAGGAAUUUCUAAUUAGGGGAAAGUAGUCUCUAGUGCCAUUUAUGUAAUUACACCACAAGAUGUCUUCACAAUGUACGCAGGAGGAAAUGACUUAACGUGGAUACUAAAGAGAUGACUGAGUUUAAUAAUGACUUCUUAAUCCAGAGAGUUAAAUCAUAAAAGCAGUGGAGUUCACUCUGCUCCAUGUCCACAGAAGCAAGUGUUUAAAGGGUGCAUUUCGUUCCUGCUGUACUUGAUUUCUUUGGGCUCCUUAUUUUCACUUUUACCUGGUCUCAUGAAUCCUAAUUUUAUGUUGCUUUCAAAAAUCAUGAGUCUUGAUGUAUCUCAUAAUUAUGUUUGACCCUUUAGAUGAGUUUAUGUCUUUGUGCCAUGGAAGUUGUCGCCUCAAAAUCUUCUGAAAACCUAUAUAAAUUGUAUCAUUGAGAUUUCCUUAAGGAGAAUGUCAGUUUGGGCCAAUUUUUUAAUGUUUUGCUUUAAGUGGGGGGAGGUGUCAACUUUUAGGGGGGAAAAGGAUUUUGUCUUUUAUGGUAAGAGCUGGCCUGAUGGCUCUGGUGACCCUCUCAAAUGCUGGAGGAACAUUCUUAAAGAUGCCUCCACAUUGCCCUGACAGCUUCUUAACGUGACCCUUGGCAGCCCUCUGUGGCAAUGGUUUGUCCUUCCUGACUUAGAGGACCGUAGGAAUGCCCAUCCUACAUUGUGUUGCAUGUGCUUUUUAAAAAGCUGAAGAUUUCACAUGGCAUCCUUGGGUCUCAUGACCAGCUGACAGGAGAGGAGAUGGCGGUGACACGCCAGCCUUUGGCCCGAACCUCCAGCUCUUCAAUGUCUCCAUGUACAUUAUAGUAACUCAUGGGUGAUGUGUAGGAGUACCACCCCGCAUUUGGAACCACGGCCUUCUGCCAGAGCAGAUCAAUACUUGAGCUGUCUGUCUCUAGCGCUCACCUUCCUUUCGCACAGUGAGACCCUUCUGCAGUCAGCGAUCGAUAGCUCUAAUCCGUGGCAGCCUGCAGCAAGUCAUGCAAAGCAGAGCACUUAGGUGGCAUUACACGGGACUGUGGAGGCAGCAGCUCUGGGGCUUAGAUCAUAGCAUCCUUCCUAGGGACACAUUCCAUUUGUAAUAUGUGCUUUUAAUCAUCUCUGCCAUGGAUCACCAUUCCUCUGAAACUUGAUUCAGGGAAAUGGACAUGUGUGUGUGUUUGUGUAUGCAUGUGUGAAUUACAGACAGAUAUUCAUUCUCUUCUCAGACUGUAUACCAGCCUUCCCUGUGUGCUGCUGCUCCUGACCAUCACUGUGUCACUACAUAUCUACGCGGUUUUGUCUAUUCUUGUGCUUUGUGCUGUGAUUAUUUCUAGUCUGGGUAUUUUUAAAACAUUAAAACUUUAAAAAUAUAUGUAUUUGAAAUCCCAGUAACUGAAGAGCAUUCUUACUCUAGCAUGUACUUUCCUACAAAACAUCAUUGGAAGACAAUGAGCAUUGGAUGUCACUCCCGUCUUUGAAUGGCUGUGACCAAGUGAGAGGCUGGAGAGUGAAGAUCUGCUUUUCGGGACCACUGGGGCCAAAGGAGCUUUUGCCUAGGGAUUAGCUUUGGAACUACUCCUGUGGCAUCCUCAGAAGGCAGAGUGGGGAGUCAGGAAAAGCCCCUUCCAGUUAUUUACCUGGCCUUCCAAUCCUCAUUCCAUUUCCAUAUCUAGUUAUCUUGAUUUUAUCUGUGGACUUCAGGAUACAAUAUAAAGUUAAGGGCUGAUCUAAAAAAAGCAAAUAUGUGGGAGACAAGUUCGAACCAGGGUUUCUGGCCACUGUCAUGUGCGGGUCCUACAAGGAGCAGGCAGCAGUGGCCAGUAGAGCCGUGGGUGUAAUGCUUGCUGUGUGCGAGAGCCUCAGCAGCUGCGUGCCAGUCACAGAGGACUGGUGUUCAAAUUCAGACAUGCUCGAACAAAUCAGUGAAGGACACUGUAUUUUACCCAAAGGUCUCUCAUGGUAUGUAAUCUUUAUUUCAAGCUCUGUGGCCUUUUAAACUCUGCUGAUCAUCUCACCUUUAAGGCCACUUUAGCUGAUCUGUACCUCACAGGCCACUGUAUCCUUUCUGUUUUUCACAGUACAGUUGUCACCUUCGGAGAACCCCUUAAGUUGAGCUUAGCUCACAGGAAAACUUCUGAGAAACCAGUUUUUCUGCAAGAACCAGGCAGUUCUCUCUCAUAUUUAUACACAUCCUGCCCUAUGAAAUAGAGGUGCAACGUGCAUUUGUUGCUGGAGAUGAUCACUCAGUAAAGUGUCUUCUACUUAGGGCUUAAAAAAAAAAUCUAGGCAAAAAAAUGAUCCACAGAUUCUGAUAGUCUCAUUCAUAUUCCCAGACACCAAUUCUGAAAAGUCCAAAAGCAUUUUUCAUUAGUAUACUCAUUCAUUCAACAGAAUGCCCAUUGGCUGUUUCCUGUAUGCCAGGCACUGUGCUCUUGCUGUGGGUGCACAAAUGGAAAGCACAGUGCCCACCCUGGAGGCGCUCUUUGUCGAAUACAGAGCACACUGGGGAAGAGAGCAGUGCACAGUUUCCUCAUGACUGUGAUGCAGAGUGCAGCCCAGAACCUCAAGGAAGGCGUCCCACGGAGAGCCUGUGACCUGGCCAUUUGGAGGGAGAAUAGGAGUCACAGGGACUUGAUGGAAGGAGGGUUCAGAAAAAGUAAAUGACUUUCAGCAGAAGAGUGUUUGCUAAACCUGGAGCCAUCGAGAAACUUAGUGAUCUUGGAGCCUUAGAUGCUGCUAGGAGCCCAAACCCACCCUGCAAUGAUCAGACCUGGGUUCCACAGCACACAGAUGUGUACACAUCACUCCCUAACUCCACUUCUCAUCGGUGUCUCGUCUCAGUGUCGCUCAUAAGGAGAUGUGCUGCUGUCUUAUGGUGUGUGAGAAGUACAAGACUGGGAGGAGAAGCUGCUUGGAGCUCUACUCCUGGGUCACUUGGAGAGACAUCUGUUUACCUAGCUGCACCAUUCUUUGCCCUGUCCCAGUCACUGAGAACCUCACAUAUUUUAUGUAGUUAUUAAGCAAUCCUAUCAGGAAGGCAUAAUUAUGAUCCUAUUUUAGUAUGUUAUGCAAACACAAUGCGAUGUCUAAUACAACACAAUCUACGAUGUCACAAACUAAAAAAUACAGUUGAGGGAACAGAAGCCCAGAGAAGUUAAAUAACUUGCCUGAGGCCACACAGUUUGUGAGUAGUAUCCAGGACCUGAACUGUCAACUCAUUGCUCCCCACCGCCCAAGUGCCUGGUCAGCACCUCCCCAUCAGGACCCAAAGAUGCCUGUGGAAUUUUACAUGCAUUUCAGUGCAACUUUUUAAAGUGUGUUGGAUCGGUUGGCCGGAUUUAUAACUUGUGAUUUACAGCUGAUUUUGAUAAGCCACAAAUGCCAGUAUCAUGUUUUAAUGAGACUGAAGGCAUGAACGAGCAGAUUCUACUCUUGAGGCUGUUGUGGGAACACCCCGGCCGCCGACAUUGCACUAGCCCCUCUGAAGGCCGGCAUUGUCGCCGGCUCAUUAGCAUCCACGCUCCUCGCUGGGCCGUUGCUGCUCGCUAGCUCACCAGCUGUUCCUGCUGCUCAGUACAAUGUCGGAUGUGUUCAGCUCACUGGGUUCCUGUCCUCGCCGCCCGAAGGAGACAGCCCUUCCGCUGGGGAUACCCACGUGGCUGCCUGUCAGCGGUGGCACCGAAUAAAGUAAUAGGCCUUCGCAUGGCAUAUGGUGUCUGGAUUCGUACAAGAUGCAAAACUCUUCUGCAGCUAAUGCACGAUGACUCAUAGCAUUGCUAAUUUUUCAAACAAAAGCUGACUUCCACACCCACACUUUUAACCCCUCCAGCUAAAAAGUCUUGAGUUGCAAAGCUCUAGAAGGGUGACUUUUGGGUCGCUAUAUAAAAUUGUUAUACUUACUGAAAGCAUAUGAAAUGACUUGCUUUACUCUGGAUUAAAUUUAUCUUAAAUUUACUUCCUCCAUAAAUGGGGAAUUUUUAAGCUUUAUCUUUCAGUUUCUUUUUCACAUUUGAAGAGUCUAAGCAGUUUGGGAGGUUUAUUUUAAAAGCUGUUAGAAAAUCGGUCAGAAGGCACUAUAUUAGUUUAGCACUUGAAACUGUUUAUUAAAAGUUAACUUUCUCUUUUAAAAGUUUCAUAGAAACUGUUGCCUAAUAUUCUUAUCAGUUCAGGUGCAGAGCAUUUUGAGCUCCUCACAUCGCAUUUUAAAGCUAUAAGAGAAUGUUGAUCCUUUUAUGGAACAUGAUUUUGCAGUCUCUUCUAGAAUACUAAAUACAAAGCCCAUUUCAACAACCAAAUUCCUGCAACACAAAUUUAGAUUAUAAAUUUAUAUUAAAAUGGCCAUUUUUCAAACUAGAAAAUAAAUACAUGGGAUUUUCUGAAAGAAUGUCCUUUCUCAACCUUGAGUCAGUUGUGCUAACAGAUCGCGACAUUCAGCCUGAGACCUUAGGUCGUAAAAUAAGGCAGUUGUUUGCAUUUAUACAAUCAGCCCUCCCUUUGAAGUCAUGAUCAAAAUAUUGAUUCUUUUAUAAAUAACCUUUUAUUGAACAUUUUAUUUAAACAUUUCAGUCAAGAAUUGCCAUCAUAAAAUGAUUAGGCAGUUACUAAUUAUGGAUCAGUAAGUGUUUUGUAGUCAGUCUGGCACAUGACACUUUUGCAGUCAGAAUUUGGCAAAUGAAUGAAUUUGUAAAGGAACUUCAACCUAGGAGGGUAAUACAGAUUUUUUAAAAAAUAGAUUACUUUUUGCAGCACCAAAAGAUGUAAGGGAGCAGGCUAGAGACUCUGAAUUGAUGUUUCAUUUAGUUUCAUGUUUAAGUCUAAAGUUUUUGCUUUCUGAUCUACAGAUAUUAAUUCAGAUGUGCAUCUAACUUAUAAAGGGCAUUCUAUUCUCUAAAAAUGAAACAAAAACAUAUAAAAAUUCUAAAUAGGUUUCACAUUCUAUAUUGCAGUUUCAAUGCCAUUUUUCCAGCAUGCUCUCUAAUUUUGCCCUUUGCCAUUGGAGAUAACCUGGUAUGCAUUUGGUGUAGCUAAAAAUUUGUUAGAAACUUAAAAUUUUCCACGUUUGGCAUCUAUGAGGAUUUCCAGUUUCGCUUUCACUGCCUUGAGUUUAAGACCUAUAUUUGUUGUUACUCCUACUGAUACCUUCCUUUUAUCCUAUUACCACUCAUUUUUAUGAAAUGAGGGUAAAAUUCCGUGGAGUAUUCAAAUAAUGACCUAAGGACAGAAGUGGAGACACUACUGAGCCUGAACUCUUGGUCAGUACUUAGUGUCUGCAUGUAACUGAUAAAAUUCUCUCUCAUCAGCCAAUGGACCAGAGGGCAAACUCAGCUCUGAAAGGCAGUUGGGGACAUUAGUGCGUGAUGUACAAAAGCACAGGCUGAUCACAGGCACCCAGAAGGACCAUUAUUCUCAGUCUUGGACCAUUAUUCUCACUCUUGGUGACAGCCUUGCAGAAUGGGACUGUGUUAACCCACAGAUGGGGAGAGUGAAGCUGGAGGAAGCCGGGUCUUGGCCUGGGGCCCACAGCCAGGGCAGGGCUGGGAUGAGAGCCCAGACCAACCUGACUAUGGCUGUUUCUCACUUGUGCACACUUUUGACCAUCAAAAUUAUAUAGCUUUGAGAAAGUGAAACAAUUCCCAUUAAUUUUAGCUUGUUCUCUCAUUGUUGUUACCAAAUGGAUUCUAACCUUUAAAACUUGUUUGUAUGGAAUAAAGAUGAAAACAGAAUUAUCGUAAGUUAGGAUGGAAAAUAUUCCCAUUUUGAUACCAUGUGUAUAUCUCAUACCUGAAUACAUGUACCUUCCAAAUUAAAAAGCAGAGAAAAUAUAAGUUUAAAUAUUCUUACUGACAGCCCACUUAGAGUCUAUCUCAAAAUAAGCACCUAAUUGAUGUUACUCAGUGUGCUUUUCCCUUGAUAAAUAGUUGAGGACACAGUUUCAUCACAGUGAUUUUUCCAGUUUUUUGCUAGCAAGGUAUCUAUUUGUAUAUGUGGAAUCCAUUUAUAUUCUACUUCUUUCUAAAACAGAUUUGAAAGAGCUUACAUGAAGGUCAUGUGUAAUGAGAAAGAGAAAGUCAAAGCCCAGGAGUGAGGAUAAAAAUAAGAGCAUCUGAAGGUAUACAGAGCAUCCAGAGUCAUGGCUGCGGCAGCAAAGCCGGGCAUCCCCAUUGGCUACUACUGACCUCCAAAGCUUGCUGUAAGGUGUAACUACCACAUGUCUUCGGGCCAUUCUCGUUCCAAAGUUGUCAAUUACUGUUAAUGAAAUUAUAUCUUGUCUAAGUUGGAAGACAUAAUAGGUCAUUCUACUGAAAUAUCUUCCAGACAACAGCAUAUAUUUAUAGGAAAUUUUAGUAUCAAAAUGAUUUUCUAUUCUACCCCAUGAGUUCAAAAGAUAUCUUUGGAGCAGACAAGCAAGUUUGUGUGCAUCACAAGCUAAUUUAUAAAAUAAAUAAAUUAAUUAAAAUUAAGGGCUUAACAAUAGUUGAAAAAGUGAAGAAUUAAUUAGUGACAGGGGGAAAGUAUGAUUGAAAAAUAAUCUUAAUGCCCACAUUAGCUGGGUAGCUGCUUUUGCUAAGCCUUUUAGUUUAAAAAGCCCAAGUACCUGACAUUUUGCAUCUGUUUUUCUGUGAAGAUAAAAGGAAACUUGAGUGUCUCAUUCUCAAUAAUGGAUUUUAUGUGACGAAAAGGUUUCUGCUCUGUUCAUUUCCAUGGCCAGGCAUUUUUAUAUUAUUGCCCCGCUGACUGUUAUUUCCUGUUUAACUCUUUGUAGACUCGUACAGCUCUCCUCAGCUGGGGUUGGUAUGGGACUAAAUGGUGUCGAAGGUGCUCUGUGUACUAGGUACUUCCGUGCGUGUUGGUCUUCUCGUUACCAUGUUGCAGGACUUGUUGCCCUAUAAUCCAGCUCUUCUCUCAGGUUUGUUUACUUGUGAUCACUAUGUAAUCAUUCAUUUUAUGGAGCUUCAUUAAGGACUGCAAACCUCUGUCCCAAUUUAGCGUCAUUCAAGCGUAGGUAGCAUCCAUCUGCUCCACCCGCACUGUUUAAUUAAUGAACUUCAUAAUGUGUUUUUGCCUGUAAAAGCUCUCUGUCUCCUCAGGUUGUUGAAUGCGAUGUGCAUUCCAGGUUUUCUGUGUUAAGAGUCUAGAAAGCCCGCCAUGGGAGGUGCUAAUUACGGACCCUCCAAACUCCUGUUAUGUCUAAACUUGCAGGCAGAUUUACUUUGUUUUUUUCAAUAUAUAUUCAUAAACCCAAAGUAUGGUCACUUUUUGAGUAAGAAAUCACUGGCCAGUUUUCAUAGUCUUUCCCUUCGGUAAGAGGAAAGAGUAACAUUUUUUAAAAGCUGUAUUUUCUUUCAGUGAAGUAAAAAUAUACUUGUUACUUUGAAUUUUUUCCUUCUGAAAUUAAAGUUAUGGAAAUACUUGAAUGUCAGAAAUACUACUUCUGUUUUCCAAUAUUUAUUUCCAUCGAAUUGCCUGGGAAAUUUUGCAGAAUAGAUUCUUUUAAAAGUAAUGGAGUAACAACUGUUUUUCUUGGAAAAUAGUAAGACUCAAGUAAUACUUUUUUAAAAAAUGUCAUUGUCUGUUUAAUUUUUAGUGUGAUUAGUGUGUUAUAAAAUUCUGUCUGGAUUUAGAGGUGUUUGGUUGGCACCUGUUCAAACAUGUGAUAAAUUUGAUAUUAUAUGGAAAAUGGCAUAAAACUAGCCACAUGUAUUUACUUAACACUUUUAUUACCAACUAAGACCAGGAGCUUAAUCCUGAUUUUUAACAACCAGACCACCUAUGGUUCAUGUGCCUUUUCUUAAACCCUAUUUAAUAUUGAGGUUAUACUCCUCUCUACCCUGUCAAGUCCUCUCAAGUCCUGGAAUUUCUUUCUAUCUUGAAAUAUGAUAGGGUUCUAUAUUCAGGUUGUAUUCAGCUACUUUCAUCACAGCGUUAACUCAUAUUCCUACAAUGGUGAAAAAUACAUCUGAAUAUUCAUUUUUCAAAAAUAAUUUCCAUCUACCCCCAUCCAAACUGAGGAGGGAGGAGGACUAUAUUUUUGUUCUCAUCUAGCCAUUAUAAAUAGUUAACGCAUUGGGAAAUCAAUGUUAAAGUUGCUUCACACUAAGUACCAUGAGGGCAAAAGCAAAAGGGAUUAACAUUUGGAAGAAUAAUUGGCGCACAAGGAAGGAAGAAUGAUGCCCCCUUUUUCUUUCCCUUCUCUAACAUUUAUAGAACUGCAUGUGGUCAGGGACCUGGCACGUCCCUAACCACACUGUUGAUGCAGGGCAGGGAUCCUCAGAUACUGUCAGUGGGGCCCAAUCCAGUAGGCAAGAGACUGUCCUACCUCAUCCCUUCUACAGGUGCCCAGAAAAACAGCUUCAUGAUGACAAAAAAAAAGAAAAAGAAAAGAAAAACACCUUGUGAAAUGAGCUCUGCUCCUUAUUUUAUAUUGGGUUGAAUUGCAUGAAAUUGUUGAUAUUUAACUGUUUGACUUAGUAAAAAAGGCAAUUUGAUAUAAUUCAACCUAAUUUUUUGCAUUACAAAGCAUAGAGAAAGCGUGAAAACCAACUUUGUUUACUAACCAGAGGAAUCUGUGCACAGGUGCUGUGAUGAGGGUUUAGCUGCCUUGACAGUACAUCUGCCAGAGCCCAGUACUGUGUAUGAAGCUUCUCUGGAGCCCCUUGCUGUUGAGCUCUCUGCAUCGUGAACCAUUUUGGUCUGUCUUCGGGACCAUCUUUUUCCUUUAGCAUGGUGUUUGUGUAGCUGGUUUCUCUGGGCAUUAUGCCCAGUAGUGAAUGUUAUUUUUGUUUAUUGUAUGCAGUGUCUCCAAUUCUGUUUUAGUGAUAAAGCCUUUAAAAAUCAAUUAACAAAUGAAAUACAUCUUUGCCCUGGAAACUUUUGAAUUGCUUGCUGUGUUAGUACAUUCUCAACACUGCCACUAAGUCAGACAGCUGACCACCUUCCAGGGCUGCACAAUGGUUAGCCCCCUUCCUUUAUUAACUCAUUAAAAAAGGGACUCAAACCACUUUUAUCUUAAUGAAAUAAAAAGCACAAAUGGAAAAACAAUUAUCUUUGCUUUAUAUGCAAUUGUGUUAAAAUCUACAAGCAAGAUCAUUAAAAUGCUAUCUCUGCCAGUCAGCUGAGAGAUCAGUUUAACUGGGUUUUGACUUCAUGACACAUGGGCUAUCAAACUAAAACUUAACACAACUGUGGCAGCCUGAGAGUUCCGGAGUGGAAUUGGCCGUAGAACAUUUCCUAAGUGUGAGUUUGGGCACAGCCAGCCAAAGAGGCUCGGUGACUUGCCACUCCAGAGAACACAUGCAGUGUUCUUACCCUGUCACAGCCCCAGACACAUUUUGAAUCUGCAGGAACUAGUUCAACCCAACAAGUCACUCACUUUGUCAUUUAUGUAGAACCACUGGGCCCAGUGGAAUAUUUGCCCUCUGCGUUGUACCUGUACCCACGCAAGUCAGCUUUGUGUUACUCAGGGCAGUGCUGAGCAGUGCAGUGUCAUCUAUGCAUAGUAAUGCAUUUGCUUUCCACAGCAGUCCUGCAGAACCAAGGUACUGGCAUUUCUUUUUCUGAUGUUGGCUGCUGCUUUCCUCCUCAUCAUCAUUCUCAUCUCCUCCUCCUUGUUAGUUUCAAAACCUAUUUAGAGUGGUGCAAAGUAAUUGCAGUUUUUGCCUUUAAAAGUAAUGGCAAUCUAAUAGCUUGAAAAUUUACCUCCUUCGCUGUAAGAUGGUGUGGUUUUCAAAACAAGGGAUUGAUAAUCUGCUGGCGUAUGUGUUUAAUUUAAAAUACAUUCAGAAUCGUUUUUUCAUUUCUCUAAAUGGUUUUCACUUGUUUUUAUGUGAAACCCUCCAAAUGGGGAAGUUGAGGGGUGCUAUCUCAAAUGUUUGUGUUGUAACAGUCCAUACCUACUAGCUAGGCACAUAGACAUUCGUUCAGCAAUCCAAAGAGGUUACGGUUUUGCUUUCUAUAAAGAACAUGAACUCAAGUAAGAAUAUAAAAUUUUACUAACCACAGCUCCUGUUACAGAGGAUUUUAAAAGAAAAAAAAGUUGCCACAGCACAGAGAUUAUACUUUAGCUCUAAGAAGAAAAUGGACUAUGUUCGGAAAUUCAGUAGUUUAAAAAAUGAUUUUUCCAAAGCAAAUGUGCAUUGUUUAGUGCUAGCAGAAUGCAUUAGUUUCGGCUCUGAGUCCAGCUUUUCAGAAAACGCUUGAGUUCAAAUCUUACAGCUUCUUUCAAAGCAGUUGCUGGAUUUUUCCAGUUUUUCUUUUUAAGGGUAUACUUAUUUGCAUACUGGUCCUUAAAAUAGUUAAGACAUUGGGCAAUUAAGUUUAUUUAUAAUGAAAAUUACACGGAAAUGUAAUUCCUAAGAACCUGUUUGACCAUUAAUCAGAAGUGUUUUGGUGCUGUGAGAGGAAAGCACUACUGAGAGGCUACGCUGUGGAUUCCUUUACCCAUCCCUGGCGGGCAGCCAUGGAGAAGAUAGCCUAGUUGGGUGGGUGGGUUGAUUGGCCUUUUUUUGUUAUGGUUUAUUUUUUAAACAACAGUUUGAAGAAUCACCCCUUUGUGAGUGACGUGGACUAGUCAGGGCCACAAGUGGAGCCAAUGCCCAGAUUAGAUUAUGGCGGGGAGGAUCUCCCCAGUUUCUAGUUCCAGGAACAGAGUAAGUAUCAUCAGUGGCCCCCAUACUCAGAACCAACAUCUGACCAAUAUAUUUAUUCCAUUAUCUGUCCUUCUGCCACACAAAAUUCAGCACUUUGGGUGUAGCAGGCUUCCAUCUUCAUGAAUCUUCUUUAAACUCAGGCAUUUAUGAAAUAGUCAGACAUUACAUCCAAGCAUCUCAAGCUACAGUAAUUCCCCCUUAUCCACAGGAGAUGCAUUCCAAGAUGCCCAGUAGAUACCUGAAACCUCAGGGAGUACCAAAACCUAUGUAUUCCAUGUUUUCUCUAUACAUACAUUGCUAUUACAAAGUUUCAUUCUAGUUUAGGCAAAAUAAGAAAUUAAUAACCAAUAAUAAAAUGAAACAAUUAUAACAAUAUGCCAGCAUCUCUACUUUUGCACUUUGGGGACAUUAUUAAGUAAAGUAAGAGUCCCAUGAACACAGGCACACACAGCAGAGCACUGGUGAUACUGCAGCUGUUGGUCCUGUAAGUGACUGUUAGGCAGCACAUAUGGCACGGACCCACUGGACAGAAGGAAAGAACAGUGUGCAGUUUAAAACAUGAAUUGUUUAUUUCUGCAAUUUUCUAUUUAAUAUGCUCAGACCUUGCUUGACUACAAGUAACAAACUAUGGAAAAGGAAAUCAUGGAGAAGGUGGGACUGACUACUCUAUUAAAAGUAACAUGAAAAAUACCAAGUGUUAGUGAGACUAUAGAACAACUGGAACUCUUUUUCUUGCUUUUGUUGUUGUUGUUGUUGUUGCUGUUUGUUUGUUUUGUGACAGAAUUUUUCUCUGUCACCCAGGCUGGAGUGCAAUGGCGCAGUCUCAGCUCACCAGAACUUCCGCCUCCCGGGUUCAAGCGAUUCUCCUUCCUCAGCCUCCUAAGUACUGGGACUACAGGGGUGUGCGACCACACUUGGCUAAUUGUUUGUAUUUUUAGUAGAGACAGGGUUUCACCAUGUUAGCUAGGAUGGUCUCGAUCUCUUGACCUCAUGAUUCACCUGCCUUGGGCUCCCAAAGUGCUGGGAUUGCAGGUGUGAGCCACCGCGCCCCCGGAGAACAACUAGAACUCUUAAAUGCUGCUGGUGGAAAUGUAAAUUGGCUCAAUCAGGCACUUGGGAAAACUGACAGUAUUUGCUAGGCUAAUCUGCAGUGUGUCAGGAGAGGAGUUGUCCUUGCAAUAAGGGGGAGUGUGUCUAGAAAGCAGCAGGAAGGUGCUGGUGACACUUCCUUUUUUUUUUUUUUUUUUAAAAUCAGGGUGCUGGUAACAUGAGUGUGUUCAGUUUGUGAAAAUUCAUUGAGCUGUAUAAUUCUGUGUAUUGUGUGUGUGUUUGUCAAUAAAAAGUCUUAAAAUUUAUUGAAAUAAGUAAGAGGUCCUCAAAAUUGGGAAACCAGGCGAUGUGCUCGGGCAUAGGUGAGUCCCAGGAGACACGUAGCAUACCUGUGCACAUCAUUAGCAGCGCUUGAUAGUUAAUCAUAUACAAGAUUUUUGUAUUAAAAUAAAUGCAAGCCAGGAAUUGGCGUUGAUUUUUAUACAUGGCUGACACAUUUCUUGCUUGCAGGCCCCUGGAGGUCUGUGGCUCUGUACAGAGGGGAGGAUUCCAGAGGAAGUUUUUGUUGCCAUAAACCGUGAUUCCUAACCCUGGCUGCAGAUGUAAUCACAUGAGGAGUUCCAAUAUUGACUGAUGCCCAGCACCCACCCCAGAGAUUCUGAGUAACUUGGUUUAGAGUGGCGACCAGGCGUUGGUGCUGCUUAACCACCAGGUGAUUCUCACACGCAUCCAGGAAGGAGAGCUGCUGCCCUAAGGCAUUAAGCAGCCCCCUUAGCAGGGAUUCACAGAUAUGCCCAAGGAAGAAAGGAUUGUUGUUGCUGUGAGAGACGGAGUCAAGAUUCCCCCAUGGUUUCUUCCAGAUCUGAGAGUGAAAGAUAGCAGCUAACAGCUAUCCAGGGCUUAGCUUUUGUUGUGCACUGUAUUAAGCGUUUCAUGUGGGUACCACCAUUUAGCCAUGAGGAAACUGAGGCCCAGAGAGGUCACCUGACUUCCUCAAGAGCUUUGUAGUGGUUAUGGUGGGCAUGGUGCACAGGCAGUCUGACCACAGAGCUGGACUCCACCUUAUGAGGAUGUCAUGUGGUAAGCCUUGCACAGCAUCCUGGUAGGCAGAAGGAAGUUAGGGAUGCUAGAAGAUUGAGGUGGCUGCAACUAUGAAAGACAAGCAGCACCAGCUUCACAAUUAGGGGUACUUGGUAUGGGACACCCAAUGCUCAAGAGAUACAAGGAGAAAAAAGUGAGGAUCAAGAGGCAUCUGGGGAUAUCACUUCAUAGUUCCCCCAUUCCCGCAGAAAAUAAUGCAAUGUCGGAAGAGUUACCAUCUGGAUUAUCUCAGUUCGAAGACAUCCAUUCACUGGAGGAGUGCUUCCCCCAUCCCCACCCAAAAACAUGCUUUUCCUGCACCCUUUCUCAUGCAGGGAAUGAAUGCAAUCCCCUGCAAAUUACAUCCCCAUGCCAUGGUAAUUUUACAAAUCCUUCUGCUAUUACAAUCUUACCGUUUUAGACCCUUGUUAAUUGAUCAAAGGGUUAAAAGUAUAAAAACUAUGUAGCUUUAAGGAAAAUGUGGAUAUUAAUGCUUUUCUUUAAUCUAUAAUAAUGACUGGUUUUAGUCAGAAUGCUUUAAAUGCAACUAUUGUAAAAUCUCUGCCCUUGUAUCAGUGGUUAAGUAUCGUGGUCCAUUGAUAGAGCUUUAAAAAGUUCAAAGGCUAUGCUAGCAUAUCUUUUGUCUCUUCAUCUUUUAGCAGUAAAAAAAAAAAAAAAAAAAAAAAAGAAGAUGUCCUUGUAUCAAGCCUCAGUGUUUAUGUGAAGAAUGAAAUUGGGUUCAGCUCGUGCAUAGAUUUUUAGAGAGAUUAAAGUGGGCAUCACACAAUUUUUCUCUGUAAAAGGCUGUCUUUGAUGUGCCUUCUGUCUGUUCAUACAGAAGUGUCAGCCAUUGUUUUUCAGCAGUAGAAGAGUGUGUGCUUGUCGUGAGCACAUUCUAAUACCUUUGUGCUGGAGCCUUGUUCAAGGUGGAUCUUAGAAUGCACAGAUAAUGUUACUAGAACCUUACAUUGUGACCAAACACCAGUCUGCUUUAGGAAGAUAAAUGCCAAGCCAAAGCCAGAGCAUUUAUUGAAAAUGAUGAGGGAGCAAAACUAAAACAUUUGUAUCUGAAUGUCCGAUUGCAAUCUGUAGAUAUUUCAUCAGCGAUAUAAUACAGUGAUUCUUUGGUUUUAAUUUGUUUUUGCUAUUUCACUGCAAGGGAAAUGAAUGAGAUGGUUACUUUAAGGACCAAGAGUAGCUGAGUAUAUGCCCAUGACUUGAAUUAGGCUAAGAGGACAAAGAGCGAGUGAAGAUGCCUCAUGGUAUCUGAAAGUGUAGAACAUUCCCACCAAGGAGCUCUUGCUUUAUGAAUUUACAUAAGAUGCUCUUUGGGAGCUGUUUCAUAUGCGCACCUUUGAAAUGAAUUAUGACUGAGAGGUCAUCAUUUAAUGAGGUCUCAUAAUUUGUAAAAUGUGCUAAAUAUUUCCUGUCUACCUUAUCAUCACUAGAAAAUAGGGUUGUUGUCCCAUUUUGCAAGAAAGGAAGUGAAAACACAGAAGCUGAAUGACUUGCCUAUGCUCUCUCGGCCGGCAAGCGAGAGGCGAAUUCACAGCCAGGCUGGGUGCUCACUUUCUGAGCCACCGCCCUCUGCUUCCAACUGCAUUGUCACUAAUUGCUAAAAAUAUUUUCACAGACUACUUCAGAUGUGCAAACCAACUAAUAUUUAUGCCUUUCCUCUAAAUUUAUUCAGCUGAUCUUCUUCAUUUCUGAAAAACAGUAAAAAAAUGUUCUUAAAUGAAAGUGAAAUCCAGUAGAAUUUCUUUCUUUGCUUGUCUUAUGUUCUUUUUGAUAAAUAAUCUGUGCUUCAGGAUAAUUUCACUUUCUGUUGAUGCUUCCUCUAAAUUAAAAAAAGAAAAAUCCUGGUUUAAAAUGAUCUCCAGAACAGCUAACACUGCAUCCCCAGGACAGCACUGUUUAAAAGACUCAAUGAUACCUCCGUACCUUUGUUUUUCUUACACUGCUUCCACUUAUAGCUUUUCUAGCACAAGUCAACUCUGCAGCUCUGUAUCUGAGGCUGGUGGCCAGUGCUCCAGCCAUGGGCAAUCCAGAGCAUAGCCAGGAGGAGAGAGGGAGGGCUGCUGCAGCCCCAUCUCUGGUCUUGAGGGAGAGAAGCAGAGGAUGGCAGAGGACUGAGGGGAGGGAGCUUGCUUCUGCUGCGGUCCUGCCUUGACCUGCCUCUACCGUCACAGUGGUCACUGCUGCAGAGGCCUGGGGAAGGCAAGGUGACAUUCUAGCUGUUCGUCUGUUUCAGCUACAGGCUAGCCACAGGUCCACCCAGACUCACCUCAUCCGGGUCACCUUCCACCUAAACAUUGGCAGCAGUUCCCGGACUUAGAGAUUAACGGCCAGCACACUCCCACUUGUUUCCUCCUCUUUCAUUUUCUGUUAUGAAAAAUGUGCGCAUAUGAAACAGCUCCCAAAGAGCAUCUUAUGUAAAUGCAUGCCAAAAUAUGUGAGAGUCCUCUUGCAAAAGAAAAUUGGAAUGUGAAUUCUGAAUUAAAGUAAGAAUUCCCUCUCUGGCCACUCC